GGUAUUUAAACCGGCUCGGCAAUUACUAGGACGCCUCCGUUGCCAGGGCGAGAAAUUGCAAUGUAAACAGAGAGCCACCGGCUGCCGCUCCCUCUUAAGAGAGCCAGUCCGCUCCACCUCUUCCUCUCUCUCUCAAUGGGGUGGGUUCAAGUUAAGCCGGCUCAGCCAAGCGCAACGACGAUACUACAGGUGCAUCCAAAACUUAAGGGUUUGUCGAGCACUAAAUUCGACAACGACCAAGUAAGUCUGUACUAAAGAAGUAGGAGAAGGAGAAGAGGUGCGAGCUUGUGCCUUCAAUAUUGGUAGAUAUAUGAGCGGGACUGGCCCAUUCAUGGAGCGUCGCAAUUUGAGCUUGGGCGCGUGCGCGUAGUCCCCAACGUAGUCAUAGUAUCUGCUUUCAACCACUACUAUCCAACAUUUGCCAUUGUUGUUGUUCGUUACGUUUUUGUGUUGUUGUUUUUAUGAAGAGCUUAAAUGGAAACGCUUGACGAGUGAUGUGGAAACAUUUUCAACACAGCAGCAACAACUGGAGGGAAGGCGAGUAAAAGCAAAAGCAAAAGCAAUAACAAAAUAUACAACAACCCAGACCCAGAGAGUCUUCAGACGCGACUUCUGCUCACAUAUGUAUGUACGUGAGGAAUAUACGAGCAACAACAACAACACCAACAACAACUUCUGAGCAACUAAGGCAAACGCACCGGCAUUACAGGCUGUUGCUGUUGCUGUUGCUGUUGUUGUACGUUGGCUUUAGCCGUUGUCAGGGGCUUUGGCAACACUAUGGAAAAUCAGUUUGUGUUUGGACCGCGUUGUGGACGCAUGUGUAAAACGAGUAGCUCAAUGCUAAAGUGAAUAACAUAAAUCUGCAUCGGACCCUUGAGUUAACAUAGCAUAUGCGGCGCUGAUAUUUACAGGUGUGCAAAAGAUAAUAAUUCAAAUAAGAACAGAGAAUUUUGCAUAAAUUUCAUAUGGUAAACGGCUCUAGCACUGAUAUGGAAUAUAUUCUAUAUGUACUAUAUAUACAUGUGUGUGAUGUGUAAAAUGAAUUCAUGUGAAUAAGUGAAUGAGUAUAUACAUAUAUAUACUAUUGUAAAUUACCCAAAUAAAAGCUAAUAAACAAAGUGAACGGCGAGAAUACCGAACGAAUACAGCACGGAAAACAGAAAAAAAUAUUAAUUCAAAGUUAAUAAACAAUAAAUCAAAUUCAAUUGCCUAAAUUAUGUUCAACUGCAAGCUGAGCAAAUUUAAAGAAAGAUUUCUCUGAUCCAGCUUGAUUAUGUUGCUUUGAUCAAUUAAAUAUAUAUAUAUAAGAUAUAUACAACAUUAAGACUAACGAGUAUUUCAAUCCGAAAUAAAAGAGCGCACAAUAUGUGGAUUAAGUUGUGCCUUUUCUUUGCAAUCUGUGGAAUUUGUUGGCUGGCCGAAGUUGCAAACGCAGCCAUACUCGACUCCAGAUGCUAUUUAGAGGGCGGUGGGUCGGCGGAGAGCUUUCUGGCUACCGAAGAUCUUCCAGUGGGCUCCAUCAUUGGCAAACUGCGAAUUAACGGCGAUCCCAAUGCGGACACCGGCGACAUUAAUCUGUCGCUAAGAGAGAAGAACGCGCCCGUGCAGAUUGUGGCAGGGACCAAAGAUCUUGUCCUAUCGGUAGAGCUCGAUAAAGAAGGCCUUCGAGGACCAUCGUCGAUCUAUGUGAAUGUCAUUUGCAUACGAAGACGAUCGACGGAUCCGAGCUUCGUCAUUCCCGUCAAUGUCCGCGUCACGGACGUCAACGAUAAUGCACCGCAAUGGAUUGGCACACCCUAUACGCUGACCCUCUCGGAGGUGACGGUGCCCGGUACACGGAUACUUCAAGGAGCCCGCGCCGAGGAUGCCGAUCAGCCAGGCCCCUUCUCCACGGUUGAGUAUCAGGUACUACCCGGUCCAUAUGCGGAACUGGUGCAAUUUCUAAAUCCACUCGAGGGCACGUUGGUGCUAAAGAAGGCGCUCGACUACGAGCAACUCCAAAACUUCACAGUCAAAUUGCGAGCCCAGGACCAGGGCACACCCCCACGGCAUUCGGAUACGCUUCUACGUGUCGUCAUAACAGAUGCUGAUGACCAAAAUCCCAAGUUUCUACGUGAAUCCUACAGUGCUGAGCUACCCGCAGAUGGUCGGGCUGGCGAGCUGCGAGUGCGGCCAGAACCCUUAAAAGCCGUUGAUCAGGAUGAGGGUAUCUGUGCGCCCAUCCAAUAUACCAUUGUGCAAUCGCAGGAUGCAAAGUAUUUCCGCGUGCAUCCACAUAAUGGAGUGAUUACACAGCUCGCUCCCAUCGGUUACUCAGACCUUACGCAUGGGGCUACGCUGGUGGUCAAGGCUACGCAGAUAGAUAAUCCGGACCGAUACGCUCUGACCACAGUGCAGCUAACCCGGCCGGGCACCCACAGUGAUCUCAGCUCACUCGCGUUUGUUCAGAAACGCUUUGUGAUGCGCAUACGCGAGGACACGGCUGUGGGCAAUCGCAUCCUGGCCCUGCCCACCAACAAGCCUGGCAAGCACCUGAAGUACACUAUUGCAGAUCCAAUCAAUUCGCAGUUCUUCAGCAUUGGCUCACUGGGGGAAUUGGUGCUGGCAAAGCCGCUGGACUACGAGAAGAUGACCAAACACGAGUUCCAGGUCAUAGCUAGCGAUGGUCUUACCAACAGCACGACGGCCGAGGUCACACUGGAGGUGAUUGAUGUCAACGACUGGGAGCCACGCUUCCGGGAGACACACUACGAGUUUGUGGUGCCCAAGAGCCAGUCACUGCAGUCACGGACUGACUCUUUUGAGGGUGUGCUAAUUGGCAAGGUGGAGGCGGCGGACGGAGAUCGUAACGACAAGCUGGAGUUGUCGUUGCGCGGCCAGCAUGCGGGUCUCUUCGAAAUCGAUGCAACGGGAAACAUUUAUAUGCGCCCGGAGCAGCUACAAAGUCUGAACGAGUCCACGGUCCACCUGAUUGCUAUUGCCACGGACUCGGGUGUACCGCCACGUAGCACCUCUGUCCCAGUCAGCGUCACAAUGGAGGGACUUACCCUCGCCCAGUCCGGCUGGAACAACAGCAUGCUGGGCAUGUUUGGGAUGAUUGUGGGUCUGUUCCUGUUGAUCAUCAUGGCGCUCAGCUGUUAUAUCGUGCGUUCCAAGAAGCAACGGAAGAGCAGCCCCGGCGGCCUCAGCCUCGGACGCAAUCGUGUGCACAGCCAAGCGCACAGUAGCGUGUCCUCUGCCAACCUGGUGACACAUGAAAAACUGGCGGGCAACGGCAAUGGAGCCACUGUCACCAGUGGUGGAGUCUCCGUUCUGCAUAUGAAGCAUCCCAGCAGCAACAUCAGCAUGGCCAAUCCAAUUAACAAUGGGCUGCAUCAUGUGGGAAAUGGCGCCAGCAGCAGCAUGGUGCUCAGCAGUGCCAGCAAUUUGUUGGAGCGAGAGCGUGAAAGGGAGCGCGAGCGGCAGCGGGAAAGCUAUGCGGCAACGGUGCGCAUCUUCUUACCAGGCAUCGUAUCGCGCGCCUCUGCCAACGGGCAGCUCUACGAGGAAGACGAGAUCGAGCACGACUCCCUCUCGCAGCAGGGCCAACAGCAGCAGCAGACGACGCCGGAGAACAACAAUCGCAAGACGGUGGCCGCUGUGACGGGAGGCAUCACGACGAUCACCACGACGGCAAAUGGGGCUGUGAAUGGGGGUGCAGCUGCUUCCAAUCUGAUGACCGCGUCGGAUACGAUGGGCUCAUCCGAAAACAAUUUGACAGUCUAUUUCUAGUUGAGCACAAGUUAAGCUAGAGACGAUUUCAGCCUGUAAAUAUUGCUUACCUUAAUAUAAACUUCAGUAGGUCUUAAGUCCAAGUCGCGUCUAGGUUUUAUGCCCAAUCAUUGUAAAUGUAGUAGACCAAAUAUAGCAUUGUAAACAUCCAGCACUUGUAGUUUAAGCAAGCGAACUCCAUUGUACAAUUUUGCUACCCACUUUUUACGAUACUUUUUAACGACAAGCUUAAGAAUAAACUCUAUGAAA